AUGAUGACGAACAUGAACCCGAGUGACUUCCGGCAAGCCGGUACAACCUACGGCAAGCCGGUAUCGCUGGUAUCGCUGGAGUUGAUUGCAACCCAGGGAGGUGAACCAGCUCUGCCACCUAAUAUAGAUGUGAUAGGCCUGCGCACAAUCACAAAUGCAGCCAAACUAUCCGCUCAUAAAGCUCAUGGCCCCCAUCCUGAUGUUUCAGAACAUGACAUUGAGAUCCCUAUUCGCGACGGUAGUACGAUCCCUACCCGUGUGUAUUACCCCGCGGAAAAGGUCGAUACCAAAGUCAGCCUACCACUGCUUAUCUUUUUCCACGGUGGUGGGUUCUGUAUUGGUAGUCGUUAUGACGAUUUUCAGUCAAACCGCGCGAUAGCCCUGAGGAACAGUGUCGUUGUUGUCAGUCCUGAAUAUCGCCUGGCUCCAGAACAUCCUUUCCCAACAGCGGUCCAUGAUGGACUUGAUCCUCUUCAAUGGGUAGCAGCUAAUGCCCACACAAUUCACUCGUCUGCCUCACCAUCUGCAGGUUUAAUUGUGGGUGGCACGUCCUCCGGUGGGAACAUUGCCAGCGCUGUCGUCUACCUCAACCGCGACCAGGAUUUUCCUGUUAACGUGACAGGGCAAUUCCUCAGCGUGGCACCUUUACUCCCAGCUCCUGUCGUCCCAGAAGAAUACCGCCAAGAGCAUUUGAGCGUCGAACAGAAUAAGGAGAUAUCUAUUCCUUCAUCGGACCUGGUUCAGCUAUUUUUGUCUGCCUAUAAACCGAAUAUACACUCCCCACUGAUGGUUCCUUUCAACCACCCUGAAAGGCAUCACGAUAUACCAUCAACAUAUUUCCAAGUCUGCGGUCUGGAUGCUUUACGUGAUGAUAGCUUGAUAUAUGAACGAGUAUUGCGCGAAGAGAACUCGAUUGCUACUCGCCUUGACUUUUACCCUGGUUUACCUCAUCACUUCUGGGAGUUCUAUCCGCAGUUAACGCAGCAUGCCCAACGGAGAACCGAGGAUACAGUUAACGGGAUUCAAUGGUUACUAGAACUCGGGAGAUGA